AUUACCUCCUAUCUUAACCUCUGACCUCUUAUAAAAAUUUAGUAAUUAUUGUUAAGAAAUAAAUCAACCAUUUCGGCGAUAAUCUUAGCCACUCCACACAAAAAGGAGCUCAUCAUUUCUUUCUCUGGAGACUUUUCUUCCACCUACAGUAUCAGUUUUCAACGCGUUUCGUCUUGGAGCCAUGGACGUUUUUUAUACAAGCAAUUUCCUGGGUUGUGAAUAUUCUUUGUCAGAACUUAAUAACCCAUCUUAUUUGAGGAGAAAGCUAAGUUCUUUUUUCACAAAUGAAUAUUUUAAGAUUCUUCAAUAUUUUUCUGCUCAAGUUUUCCAUCAUUAUUACUCUAUGCGCAAUAACCCCACUCUCAGCCCAAAAUUCAAGCGCAGUGAAGGUAGAUGUUGGGGUGAUUCUAGAUUUGAAAACAGAGAGUGGGAAGAUGAGGAAGACAAGCAUGUCACUAGCUCUUGCUGAUUUCUAUGGCAGUGGCAGCCAUAAAACCCAGAUUAUCCCUCACUUCAGAGACUCGAAUACUGAUGAUGUUGCUGCAGCUGCUGCAGCCAUAGACCUGUUGAAGAAUGUAAAAGUGCAGGCAAUCCUGGGGCCUCAAAUGUCCACACAGGCAAAUUUUGUGAUUGAUAUCGGGAAGAGAGUCAAAGUUCCUAUUCUCUCUCCCGCCACAAACCCUUCACUUUCUCCCAACCAAAGUGAAUACUUCAUCAGAGUCUCACAGAGUUCAUCUGCUCAGGUCAAAGCCAUUGCUGCCAUCGUCAAAGCUUUUGGCUGGCGGGAGGUCGUGUUUGUGUACGAGGACAGUGACUUCGGGAGGGGCAUUCUCCCUCAUUUGACCAACGCCAUGAUGGAAGUCAACGUCUUUGUCCAUUACAGAAGCGUUCUGGCACCUUCGGCAGAUGACGAGCUAGUCCUCAUGGAGCUCUACAAGCUGAUGACGAUGCAAACAAGGGUGUUCAUCGUGCAUCUAUCGCUGGACACAGGAUCCCGCCUUUUUCAGAAGGCGAAUGAUGUCGGAAUGAUGAGUGCAGGCUACGUAUGGAUUCUCACGCACUCAUGCAUGAGUCUUUUGGGGUCCACUGAUCCUACAAUGAUUGAUAACAUGCAAGGAGUUCUGGGGGUGAAGCCGUACGUACAACCAUCCGCUCAGCUGAAAAUCCUCACAAAGAGAUGGAGAAAGAAGUUUUAUGAGGAGAACCCAGCGACGGAUGACGAAGUAGAGAUGGUAGACAUUUUCGGGUUGUGGGCAUAUGACAGCAUGACAUUAUUAGCCAUAGCGCUUGAGAGAGUAGAUGCAGCCCAUCAAGGAUUCAAUCAGGUAGUCAGCGGAGGAGAGACUUUAUCUGACAUGGACACUAUAGGGACCUCACUUUUAGGGCCUGUACUCAUAGAAUCGCUCAGAAAUAUCAAAGUCAAAGGGCAAAGUGGUCAAUUCAAUAUUGUCAACGGAGAGUUGCAGCCGUCGGUGUUUCAGAUUGUGAAUGUGGGUGGAACAGAGAGAAGGGUAGGGUUCUGGACAGAAGAGUAUGGGCUCUCCAAGAAGCUGAAGCAUGGUAGUAGUGAUAGCACAAGUGUACAGUACUCAGCUAACAUGGAUGAUCUUGGGGUAAUCACCUGGCCAGGUGACUCUGAUAUAGUUCCUAAAGGAUGGGAAAACCCCACAAAUGGGAAACAGAAGUUGAGGGUUGGAGUUCCUGUUAAAGGAGGGCUUGAACAGUUUGUGAAAGUGACUAAGGAUCCCCAGACAAACAGAGUGACCGUGACAGGUUUCUGCAUUGAUGUUUUUGAGGAAGUUCUCAAGAACUUACCUUAUGCUGUUCCGUUUGACUAUGUACCUUACGGAAUCCCUCACAGCCAAAACCUGCCAGACUAUGAUGAACUUGUCCGCCAGGUUUUUAUUGGGACGUUUGAUGCAGUCGUUGGAGAUGUGACCAUCUUGGCGAACAGGUCCGAUAGGGUUGAAUUCACACUCCCCUAUACAGAAUCUGGGGUGAUAACAGUCGUCCCAGUAAAGCAAGAUAGGAGGAGGAGUGCCUGGAUUUUCUUAAAGCCUUUGAAAACAGAGCUUUGGGUGACAACAGGAGCUUUCUUCAUCUUUAUUGGCUCCGUGAUUUGGGUGCUUGAACAUCGCAUAAACAAAGAGUUUCAAGGUCCUCGUCACAAGCAGAUUGGGAUGAUCUUCUGGUUCUCUUUCUCCACUCUAGUCUUUGCUCAUAGAGAAAAGGUCAUCAGCAAUCUAUCAAGAUUUGUCAUCAUCAUUUGGGUCUUUGUAGUGCUGGUGCUUACCUCAAGUUACACGGCCAGCUUAACGUCCAUGUUAACAGUCCAACAGCUGCAACCAACCAUCUCAAACAUUAAAGAUCUCAUAAAGAACCGAGAAUCUGUAGGAUACCAGGAUGGGUCUUUUGUCAGGGGCCUUUUGAAGUACAUGCAAUUUGACAGCUCAAAAUUUCGGAAUUACAGCUCGUUGGAAGAGUACCAUGAAGCCCUCACCAAAGGAAGCGAAAACGGAGGUGUUGCUGCCAUUGUUGAUGAACUGCCCUACAUGAGACUCUUCCUCGCGAAGUACUGUGGGAAGUACACCAUGGUUGGCCCAACUUACAAGACAGCAGGAUUUGGAUUUGCAUUCCCAAAGGGAUCACCUCUGGUGCCUGAUAUAUCAAGAGCAGUGUUAAGUGUGAUGGAAAGUGACAGUAUGACAAGAAUUACUGAUAAGUGGUUCAGUAAUGAGACAGAUUGUUCCCAGCAAGAUGGAACUCUACUGGCAUCAGAAUCAGAUAGCCUAUCACUGGAUAGUUUCAAGGGAAUUUUCCUAAUAGCUGGUCUGGCAGCAUUUUCUGCUCUUCUCAUCUUCUUUUUCAACUUCCUCUAUCAGAACAAAGAGAUCUUAGCAUCUGAUGAUGAUUCAACCUGGCAAAAAAUAUGCACAUUAGCUCUAACCUUUUGGAAAGUAAAUAAGGUCGCGCCUGAAGGUAAUGGAAAUUCUGGAGAAGGAAAUGAGAUAAUAGGAUCGCCUAAUGCAGAUCAAGAGAUUAUUUCAGUAACACGAGAUACGGAUGAAGAAAUAUAACAAGCUAUAACUAUCACACCCUGAAAUCAGGCUUACCCAUAAAUGGGGUUCAGAUUGGUUAUAUAUUGAAGUAACCAUGAAUUGACGAAACAAACCAAUGGUUCAAGUGGCUUGUUACAUCCUAAACAUGCUAAUAUCCAUUCAGUUAAGUCGGGUGGGGUGGUUGGAACUGUCUAGGUCGAGUUGGGGUUACAAAAACAAUAAAUAUAGGAAGACUUCCUGUAGAAACUUUAGUCAUGGGUCACAACAAAUGUUUACACUCUGUUCGCAACACGUAUAAUCCAUUCAGUGAUAGCACAUUCAUGUGGUGACAGACUUUUCAUGCCAGUUAUCUUCUUCAAGCAAGCUAGUUGUACAGAGAAGUAGAAGUGUAGAACAAAGUGUAAUUUGAUUAAUUUUAUUAUGUUGUACCUGAACCUGUAUAAGAGUUAUCAAUUGAUUAUACGUGUUGCGAACAGAGUGUAAAUUAUAAAUGUUUGUAAAUAAUCAAUUAUGUCACCGAUAACUUCCUUUCCAGGCACUGAAUAGUAUUAUAUCUAUUAUUUC